UCCGGGUCAAAGGUAACUUUAAACCAAAGCAGCACUGCUUCCUGUACGUUUGUUAAAAUGGCCAAGCAUCACCCAGAUUUAAUCUUUUGUCGAAAACAAGCCGGAGUCGCUAUCGGGAGACUCUGUGAGAAAUGUGAUGGAAAGUGUGUCAUCUGUGACUCGUACGUGAGGCCGUGCACGCUGGUGCGUAUUUGUGAUGAGUGUAACUACGGCUCAUAUCAGGGACGGUGUGUGAUCUGUGGAGGGCCCGGUGUGUCCGAUGCUUACUACUGCAAGGAGUGCACCAUCCAGGAGAAGGAUAGGGAUGGAUGUCCCAAGAUUGUAAACUUGGGAAGCUCCAAAACUGAUCUGUUUUACGAAAGGAAGAAGUAUGGCUUCAAGAAAAGGUGAAGACAACUGAGACCGCUCCAAGUUUUUACACUUUUCAUUAAAAACAUUUUUUGACUUGUCAAUAAAGCUGUUUUUCACAUUUU